AUGAAUAGUAGAAAUUUAACAGAAAAUGAAUUAAAUAUACUUCAUUCAUUCGAAUCAAUAACUCAAAUUAAUGAUUCAAAAAUAUCAAUAGACAUUCUUGAAAAUUACGAAUGGGAUUUAGAGAGAGCUAUAUCAUCAAUUUAUGAAAACCAAGCACAAAGAGAUAUAGAAACAUCGGAAAGUCAUGCAUUUAAUUCAGAAAAUAUAAAUUUUACUCAUAAUUCAUCUCAACGAUCUUCUGAAAUCUUAACUACUAAUACAAAUCGUAUAAUUUCAUUAAUUUUUAUACUUAUUAUCUUCCCGUUUUCUAUAUUGUACAAGAUGAUAUCAAAAACAAUACAUUUUUUUGCAAAAAUGUUUCCUUUUCUAUCCAAAUUUAUAGGACUUCAUCCUUCAAAUUUAACUACUGAACAAAUUCAAAAAUUUAUUAAUCCAAGAAAUACAUCCGAAAAAUUUAUUCGAGAAUUUGAAAAAAAGUAUGGAACUAUACAUAUUCCAUUUUUUGAAGGAGGAUAUACAGAAGCAUUAAUAUCAGCGAAAAAUAAUUUAAUGUUUCUUAUGAUAAUCUUACAAAGUGAUCUACAUGAUGAAACCAGCACUUUUAAUAAAAUUACUCUUACAAAUGAAAAAUUAAUUCAAUUCAUUGUAAAUAAUAAUAUAUUAGUUUGGGCAGGAAGUGUCCAUGAGCCAGAAGCUUUUCAAGGUAUACAGAAAAAUGAAAUGACACCCAUUUAUCUAACAUCGGAAGUAUCAAAUAGUCUUAAUUGUACACGGUUUCCAUUUAUUUCAAUAAGUAUUUCACAUUUACAUAAUUCUAAUACAUCAAAUAUAUCAUCAUUGGCUCGUAUAGAAGGAUUCAUACUACCAGGUGACAUGAUUGCAACUCUAGAAACAUAUAUCGCACAACAUUUUUCUAGAAUUCAACAAUUAAGAAUUGCAAAAGAAAAACAACUUAUUGCAAGACAAAUACGUACUCAACAAGAUAAUGCAUAUGAAGCAUCUUUAGCUAUUGAUAGAGAAAGAAUGUUACAACGCAAAGAAGAAGAAAGGCAUAAAGCAGAAAUAGAAAAAAAAAAACAAAAAAAAUUAAAUAAUGCCAAAAUUCUUGAAGCAAAUAGAACUCAGUGGAAAAUAUGGAGAGCAUCUAAAUUAUUCCCAGAACCUGCUUCAGGUUCUCCACACGUUGCAAAAAUUAGCUUAAGAUUGCAGAACGGAGAACGUAUUGUUCGAAAGUUCGAUAAAAAUGCAUCUAUCGAAGAAAUUUAUGCAUUUAUUGAAUGCCGUGAUAUAAAUACAGACAAACUCCAUAAACCAUUAGAACCACCAUCAAAUUAUAUACAUAAAUUCAACUUCCAAUUAGUAUCACCUAUGCCCCGACAAAUUAUUAAACAAGAUACUAAACAUAAAAUAUUAGAAGAAAAAACCCUAUUUCCUACUGGAAAUAUUAUAGGUAAUUUUAACAAAUCCUAG